AUCGAUCGACUGUUUUCCUUAGAGAACGCUAUUCCUGGAAUCGCGUUUGUUACACGUUUGAAGUUUGUGUAUGUGUGCGCCUGCGCAUGUGUGUGAGGGUAUUAGUGUGUGUGUGUGUGUGUGAGCUGUAGGUGGAAGGGGGAGCAGGAGCACACAGAAUCCCGUCGGUGGAGUUGUAGAGGAUGGAGGUCAGACCUGAACGCUUUAAAGCAGCGGCGGCGAAAACACUUGGACGCAUAAACCGGGUCCUAGAGAAGCGUCAGGAGAAUGGAGAAACGAUCGAGUUGUCGGCAGAAGGGCGUCCAGAGCUGCAGGAGGAGAAGGAGCUUCCUGUGGUGGACUGCACAUGUUUCGGUCUCCCACGCCGCUACAUCAUUGCCAUAUUAUCAGGUCUGGGGUUCUGCAUCUCGUUCGGCAUCCGCUGUAAUCUGGGCGUCGCCGUCGUUAGCAUGGUGAACAACCACACCGUCUAUAAAGAAGGCAAACCAUACAUUGUGAAAGCUCAGUUCACCUGGGAUCCAGAGACUGUAGGAAUGAUUCAUGGCUCGUUUUUCUGGGGAUAUAUAGUCACUCAGAUUCCUGGAGGUUUCAUUUGUCAGAAAUUUGCAGCGAACAGGGUUUUUGGCUUCGCGGUCGUGGCCACGUCUGUCUUGAAUAUGUUGAUUCCCUCAGCAGCACGGAUUCACUUCAGCUGUGUGAUUUUAGUCAGGAUACUACAGGGACUGGUUGAGGGCGUAUCUUACCCAGCAUGCCACGGGAUCUGGGCGAAAUGGGCCCCUCCCCUCGAGAGAAGCCGAUUGGCCACAACAGCGUUCUGUGGCUCGUACGCAGGAGCUGUGAUAGCGAUGCCAUUAGCAGGAGUUCUGGUGCAGUACUCAGGCUGGUCCUCAGUCUUCUAUGUAUACGGUAGUUUCGGGGUCUGCUGGUAUCUGUUCUGGAUUCUGGUGUCGUAUGAGAGUCCAGCAGCUCAUCCCACCAUCACUCCGGAGGAGAGGAAGUACAUCGAAGACGCCAUCGGAGAAUCGGCUGGACUGAUGAACCCGGUGACGAAGUUCAACACUCCCUGGAGACGGUUCUUCACAUCCAUGCCCGUCUACGCCAUCAUCGUGGCCAAUUUCUGCAGGAGCUGGACCUUUUACCUGCUGCUCAUCAGUCAGCCGGCGUAUUUCGAGGAGGUGUUUAAGUUUGAGAUCAGCAAGGUGGGAAUCCUCUCGGCUCUUCCUCAUCUGGUGAUGACCAUCGUGGUGCCGAUCGGAGGACAGCUGGCCGAUUACCUGAGGAGUCACAACAUCAUGACCACCACCAACGUCAGGAAACUCAUGAACUGUGGAGGUUUCGGGUUGGAGGCCACGUUUCUUCUGGUUGUGGGUUUCUCUCACACUAAGGGCGUCGCCAUCUCCUUUCUGGUCCUUGCUGUUGGAUUCAGUGGUUUUGCCAUCUCAGGGUUCAAUGUCAAUCAUCUGGACAUCGCUCCACGUUACGCCAGUAUUCUGAUGGGCAUCUCUAACGGUGUCGGGACGCUCUCUGGCAUGGUGUGUCCUCUGAUCGUUGGUGCCAUGACCAAAAACAAGACGCGGGAGGAGUGGCAGUAUGUGUUUCUCAUUGCAUCACUUGUUCAUUAUGGUGGAGUUAUCUUCUACGGCAUCUUCGCGUCAGGAGAGAAGCAGCCGUGGGCGGAGCCAGAGAACAUGAGCGAAGAGAAAUGUGGAAUAAUAGGAGAAGAUGAGCUGGCGGAUGAAACGGAAGAGCUGUACCGCCCAGUGGGCGGCGGCUACGGAGCGACCGUCCAAUCAGGUGACCCCAAUGGGGCGGGGACUGGAGGGGGCGGAGCUGGAGGGAGCUGGGUCUCAGACUGGGACAGAACAGAGGAAUACGUCCAACCUGUGGGAACGAACAGCUUCCUGUACAGAGGAGAGGGCAAUGAGCCAAUGAUUGUGAGGCUCAGAGAUCAACAGUAAAGCUGGAUGGGAACGGGACUCGAUAUUCCUCCCCUACAGAAACUGACUGGGACGGAGGAAGUGGUUUUGACCCAAAUCUAGAAAAGUAACAUAACAUAAAAUCUUGAGUGUGUGCAUGAGGACAUUAGGUACGAAAGCUUGAAAUGUGACCAGUCAAGUGUUUGGACAUUUCAAAACAUCAUUUUAUUCCUUGUGUCCAAACGUUUGACUCCCUGCUCGUAUAUUUCAGCAAUUAAACGGAUCACCGAGAGUUCAGAAGUAUUCUGCAUAAAUUGUGAGAGAUAAUUGUAAAAGGUGGUUCUUACAAAUGAAGUCCUCUUUUGCUGAACAACUAAAGUAUAAUUCCAAUUCAGAUACAAAACCAGAUUUAGGGAAUUGAUCUCAUGUGCCAAUACUGUGAGGUGUGUGUAGUAUCGGUCCCUUUUCAAUGCGAACCUCCUUUAAAAUACAUUUAAAGACUAGUCAUGUCAACUGUUUGGUUGAGCUUAUACUGUAGAAGCAUUGACAUACUUAGUUUUUGAUAGUGAAUUCUCUUUAACCAUUCAUUUUUUAUGUAUUUAACCCAUAACCAGAUAGCAAAGUUGUAUUAAUUUAUUAUUUUGAAGGAUUAUUCAGCGUUCAAUAAAAAUGCAUCUCUGUCAGCAGUAUUUGUGGCACAGAAAAUAAGUGUAUUUAUCUUUAUUUAUUGGCAAAUCAAUGUGGCAGAUAACGUUAUCCCUCAAAUGCUGACAAAUAUGUAGAGUUUUGUUUUUAUUGAAACUGAAAAAUGUCUUUUAUUUGUAAUUUGUUUUAUUCAAACAUCAUGUUCAGCCUUUUUUUUUUUUUUGAUUAAAGUCCAAUGAAAAUGAUGCCAAGCGCUGAUUGUCUGCGUGAAGGCUCAACCAGAGCAACGUGAUACUGAAAGAUCACUAGUAGAAACACAUUUGUUUCUCUUUCACCAUUUAGCUGUUUAAUCUCACAUAUAGAUUAAAGCAGAACCAUACAGUGGUAGUUGAGAAGAUUAGAUGAUUUAAAAAUAAAUAAUAGUUUAUCUCUAAUUAAAUUCAGAUGUUUAUUCAGCACUUUCUCUCUCUCUCUCCAGCAUGCCACGUGACAUUUUCAAUAUACUCUCAUGUAUUCUCACACAUCAGCAUCUUAAAGAGAUCGUUCACACAAAAAUUGAAGCUUUGCCAUCAUUUGCUAACCCUCGCUAACGUUUAUGACUUUAUUCGGUGUAAGAAUCUGUUGGACUUUUCAUAAGGAAAAUCUUUAAUUUCUCACCCCAUAAUUAACCAAAAAUAAUCUGAAAUAAAA